GCCAGAGCAUUUCGUAAGCUGCCUUUUUUCACUAGGAUGUCUAACUGAAAGGAUUAUUUUAUUUUACCAAAACUGCCAUGCUGGAGAGGGGCACGGCUGAACAGCGAAAGAUUGAACCGACAGAACAAUGAGCUCUACAGUACUGGAAGCACCAUAUAUGAACAAGACGACUCCAGUACUUGCCCGGGAUUUGUUUUCUACAGCGUUUUUGAAAAACUUUAUUGUUGUUUCAAUCUGGUUGGGCAUCAGCUACAUUAACUGCACUGUCAUCAUCACCUUCUUCAGGCACCAGAUGUUUUACCAAGAUCCUCGUUACAUCCUCUUCAUUCACAUGGUAAUCAGCGAUGCCAUCCAGCUAACGGUAAGCAUAAUGCUCUUCAUCUUGAGCUACGUCCUGUACACCAUCAAUGUGUCAGUCUGCUGCUUUUUCCUCCUGGUGACCAUCUUCACCACGCGGAACACGCCCAUCAACCUGUCCGGCAUGGCGCUCGAGCGCUACAUCGCAGUAAGCAAACCCCUCCGGCAUUCCCAGAUCUGCACGGUCAGGCGAACAUACUUCCUCAUCGGUUUCAUCUGGUUCCUGUGCAUUACCCCAGAAACAGCCGACCUCUUCAUCACUUUGAGCAACGAGCCAAUCAGCUUCUUCUACACAUCUGUCUUCUGCAUGCGACACAAUAUUUUUAAAGACCCCAGGCAGACCUACCGGAGGCAGGCCUUUGACGCUUUAUACUUUUCGUUCGUGUUCUUCACCUUGGUUUACACCUACCUGCGCAUCAUGUGGGCUGCAAAAGCUCUGUCCACAGAGAGGGUCUUGGCCCAGAAGGCUAGGAAAACCAUCCUUCUGCAUGGGGUCCAGCUUCUGAUGUGUAUGCUCUCCUAUGUUUCUUCAAGCGUCGAGUUGGCCAUUAACCAGAUUUCCCCAGGAUAUGCUGCAGAGAUCCGCUUUGCCACGUAUCUGAUUGUGUUCAUGCUCCCGCGAUUUCUAAGCCCCAUCAUUUAUGGUAUUCGAGACGAAAAGUUUUACCAGUACUUAAAAAGAGACUCUAUCUGCAAUGUUGGUCGGGUCAGACCUGCUAGCAUUCUCCGCAUUGUGAGUGUGUAAGAAGAUAAAGAGUGAGUCUCCAAACCGAACAAACAGAUGAAAGGAGAAAUAAGUAUAUAAAUUAUGAAUUAAUAAAUAUACAUAGACAUGUGCUGAUAUGUCUUCUAAAUAGGCCCUAAUUCAAAUGUGUCUUUGUUAAUGAAAAGUGGUCUCUAGUGGUCAAAUAGUAAAAAAACAUCAAGUGUUUUGUUUAAGUAAUAAAUGCAUAUGCAUAUAUGAAUGUAUACAUGUGUUGGGAUUUCUAAAAUAUCACAAAUCCCCUCAAUAUUUUCUUUCAACAUUGUGAUUGUACUAUAAUACUUCUGUUCCAGUUGAUUCUGUGUCAUUGAACUCCACCCCCAUAAACCUUUAAUGAAACUGUCGACAAUGAGGAGGCACAAAAUCACUGCUCCCUCCCCCCCCCCAAACAUAUUGCUCAUUCCACACUCUGUUAAGAGCAAUAAAUGAAUUACAUAGUCCUACUAAAGAACAUUCCUCAUCGGGGCACAUUUCACCUUUCUGUAGUAUGCAAAGCAAAAUAAAUUAACACGAAAAUGCUUUCACC